UCAAGAUGGCUUCCGCCUGCGCCUUGGAAUGGGUGCCAGACAAGUUGUAUAAUAUGGCCGUCUCUGCCAUUGUUACUUCGUAUGGUAAAUACAGAAGAGAACUAAAGGGUCUUCCCGAAAAUGUGCAGUUCGAUAUUUACUAUAAGCUCUACAACAAAGGCAGGCUCUGCCAGCUGGGCAUGGAAUUUUCAGACCUUGACACAUUUUCCAAAGUCCUGAAAGUAAAUGAUAAAAGGCACCUGUUGCACCACUGUUUCCAAGCCCUGAUGGAUCAUGGAGUGAAGGUUUCCGAGAUUCUGGCGGACUCAUAUGCCUACAAGUGCCAGGAUUACCAGAGUAAUCUAGCCACCACUCAAACUACUGAUAAGACAAUCCAACUUGGAUUUGCUCUUGGAGGCUUCCUUGGAGAUGCAGGCUGGUUUGGUGAUGCUUGCAAGGUGUACAAGGCAUGUCUGGGUGUGUGUCAGAUGGAUACAUCGCUCUCUAGUCUCUGCAAAACCCUGGAAUGCUGUGUCAGGUUAUUGCAUGUGCAAAACGUGAACUGUCAGUACCAGGAGGCCAAGUCCACAUGUAAGAUGGCAUGCAGCAUCAUCGAGGAGAUUGGUUCUAAAGGAGCUCCUGCCAAUCGGGCCACGCUCUACACAGAAUGCUGUGCCCUGUUAUUUGCUGAGAGCCAGUAUGAUGAGGCUUACCGACACUGUAAGAUGGCCAUGAAGGAGCUAACCACCACACUGCCGCAGAAAGCUGUGGUCGAUGUCCUUAGACAGUGCUCUAAGGCCUGUGUUGUGAAGAGGGAAUUCUCAAAGGCUGAAGUGCUCAUCAAGUUUGCUGUGGACUUCGCUAGGGAUUGUUUUGGUUGUCGCCACCCGAAGUACUCGGAUGCCCUGCUGGACUACGGCUUCUAUCUUCUCAAUGUGGACCAGAUUACAGCUGCUGUACAGGUCUACCAGAAUGCCCUGGACAUCCGUCAGGCUGUGUUUGGGGGGAACAAUUUACAUGUUGCCGUGGCACACGAGGACCUGGCCUACGCCUCAUACGUCCAGGAAUACAGCUCAGGGAGGUUCACAGAUGCCAAGGACCAUGCAGAGAAGGCCAUAGAGAUCCUGGAGCACAUCCUGCCCUCCGACCAUCUCAUGCUCUCCUCAUCCAAGAGAGUAAAAGCAUUAAUCCUUGAGGAGAUUGCCAUAGACAGUCACCAGAAGGAGAUGGAACAGUCUCUCCUGUCAGAGGCCCAGGAACUACACCUGCAGUCGCUCGCACUUGCACGUAAGGCAUUUGGGGAGAACAAUGUACAGACAGCAAAGCACUAUGGCAACCUUGGACGCCUUUACCAAAGCAUGCACAAAUUUGAGAAGGCGGAGGGCAUGCACCUGAUGGCUAUUGAGAUCAAGGAGCGUCUGCUGGGCUCGGAGGAUUACGAGGUGGCACUGUCCGUUGGCCAUCUUGCCUCGCUGUACAACUACGAUAUGGAGAAGUAUGACGAGGCAGAGAAUCUCUACCUCAGGUCUAUAGAUAUAGGUAGGAAGCUGUUUGGAGAUGGUUACUCCGGCCUGGAAUAUGACUACCGCGGCUUGUUACGCCUCUACCGCCAAGUCGGAAACUAUGCCAUGGCUGAUAGAUAUGCCAAUAUCCUACAACAGUGGAAUCGUAUUAGGGAUAGAAACAAUUCCAUAGAAGUUAAACCAUUAGAGUUCACAUUGUCAGCAGGGCUUUCAGAACUUGUGACAGAAUACUUCUAAAGAUUGUGAUAAUCUAGAAUGUGUGCACUGAUUAAAGGAUGCUGUGAUUUUGUUCUUAUAAGAGCCAAGUGAACAUUAAAGAGAACAUGCAUGUUGCUUCAAGUUGUUGGAUGGUAGGUGCAGGACAAUCAGAUGUGAUAGAGUUCCCUGAUUGGUCUACUGAUAGUUACCCACAUCCCCAAAGUGGAAGCAAUUACAGAAGAAAGUUCUUAGCUCUCACAAGGUGUGCCAAGUGUGCUAUAUAAAUUAAAUAUUAAAUGUAUACUCUGUUGGCAAAUACAAUAUUUUCGCUGUGGUUGUAUAAGUUAUUAUUUAUAUGCUUAGUGUUGCACUGUGGCAGAUCAUGGAUUGUGGUUGUUUUAGCUAUUACUUUAAAUGGCAUUUUCUGAAAUAUAUGUUUUUGUGCUUAUAAUUGCUAGUUGUUUACAGUAUCUUGGCUAGUGUUGUAUACCGUAUCUUGGCUAGUGUUGUUUACAGUAUCAUGGCUAGUGGUGUAUACAUUAUCUUGACUAGUGUUGUUGACAGUAUCUUGGCUAGUAUUGUUGACAGUAUCUUGGCUAGUGUUGUAUACAGUAUCUUGGCUAGUGUUGUAUACAGUAUCUUGGCUAGUGUUGUUUACAAUAUCAUGGCUAGUGGUGUAUACAUUAUCUUGACUAGUGUUGCUUACAGUAUCCUGGCUAGUGGUGUAUUCAUUAUAUUUGCUAGUGUUGUAAACAGUAUAUUGGCUAGUGUUGUAUACACUAUCUUGGCUAGUGUUGUAUACAGUAUCUUGGCUAUUACAGUAUAAAGUAUAUGACCAGUGUUGUAUACAUUAUCUUCGCUAGUGUUGUAUACAGUAUCUUGGCUAGUGUUUAAUACAUUAUCUUCGCUAGUGUUGUAUACAGUAUCUUGGCUAGUGCUGUAUACAUUACCUUGGCAAGUGUUGUACAGUAUCUUGGCUAGUGUUGUAUACAUCAUCUUGGCUGGUAAUGUAUACAGUAUCUUGGCCAGUGUUGUAUACAUUUAGUCAUUAUCUUGGCUAGUGUUGUAUACAUCAUCUUGGCUAGUGUUGUAUACAUUAUUUUGGCUUUUCUCAUAUACAUCAUCUUGGCUAGUGUUGUAUACAUCAUCUUGACUAGUGUUGUAUACAGUAUCUUGGCCAGUGUUGUAUGCAUAAUCUUGGCUUGUGUUGUAUACAUGAUCUUGGCUUGUGUUGUAUACAUCAUAUUGGCUAGUGUUGUAUACAUCAUCUUGUGUAUACAGUGUCUUAGCCAGUGCCACACAUUAUCUUGGCUAGUGAUGUAUACAGUACCUUGGCCAUUGUUUAAAACAGUAUUUUAGCUGGUGUUGUAAACAGCAUCCUAACUAGUGUUGUGUACAGUAUCUUGGCUAGUGUCAUACACGUUAUAUUGGCUAGUGUUGUAUACAGUAUCUUGUUGUAUUCAUCAUAUUGGCUAGUGUUGUAUACAUCAUCUUGACUAGUGUUGUAUAUAGUAUCUCAACUAGUGUUGUAUACAGUAUCUUAACUAGUGCUGUAUACAUUAUCUUGGCCAGUGUUGUAUGCAUAAUCUUGGCUUGUGUUGUAUACAUGAUCUUGGCUAGUGUUGUAUACAUCAUUUUGGCUAGUGUUGUAUCCAUCAUCUUGACUAGUGUUGUAUACAGUAUCUUAACUAGUGUUGUAUACAAUAUCUUUACUAGUGUCAUACACAUUGUCUUGGCUAACGCUGUAUACAGUAUUUUGGCUAGUGGUGUAUACAGUGUCUUAGCUAGUGCCACACAUUAUCUUGGCUAGUGAUGUAUACAGUACCUUGGCCAUUGUUUAAAACAGUAUUUUAGCUGGUGUUGUAAACAGCAUCCUAACUAGUGUUGUGUACAGUAUCUUGGCUAAUGUCAUACACGUUAUAUUGGCUAGUGUUGUAUACAGUAUCUUGGCCAGUGCUUUAAACAGUAUCUUAGAUGAUGUUGUAAACAACAUAUUGGCUGGUGUUGUAAACAACAUAUUGGCUGGUGUUGUAUAAAGUAUCUUAGCUGGUGUUGUAUACAGUAUCUCAGCUGGUGUUGCAACAUCUUGGCUGGUGUUGUAUACAGUUUCUUGUUUUCUUUAAUAAUAUCUGCGAGUAUAAAAAGGAUAAACUAUAAUAUGGAUAAGUUGUCUAUCAAAUGCGUUAAGUUUAACUGAAUUACAAGAAUCUAUUAAACAAUUUUAAAUUAUAUUUGCAUGAUUACUUUUAUUUUUGAAGUAUGGUUGUUUGUCCUUAUCUUUCAGAUCUGUAUUAAUUAUAACAGUCAGUUCUAAUGAAUUUGUGAACAAAAAAAUCUAUAUUACAUCUUGUUUAUUAAGUUCAAAUGAAAUGGGAUAUAUACACAAGUUAUUAUUGACGUUUUUAAUCUAAGUUUUACCUUUGUUGUUGUUGAGGUGUUUUAAUCAUGAACAACAGUUUAAUAACUCUUUAUUCAGUGUUCAUGUGUACAUUUUUGUUAAUUAUCAUAUUUUGGAACUGCCUUUUUUCAAGUUUUAUUAUCUUGCUGUGUGGCAGGAUUGUUUGUGUUGAGUGUCCACCUUUUGGGUGCCUAGAAUUUUGGACAGGUUUGCAAAGAAAACAAAAAUAAAUAGAUCUGUUCAAACUGGGCAUUUUAGCGAAGACUGUAGUGUGCACCUGGAUUCAUUGAGAAUGAAGUGAGAUGACAAACGUACAACAGUAUAAUGAUUUGCAAUGAAAUAACAAUUUGAAAUCCACACAUUGGCUAAAAAUGAUAAAAUUAGGAAAAUUAUAAAAACUAUAAUAUUGUUCUAGGAUUGUAAAUUUAUAUCAUGUCAUCAUUUUGAACCGUUCACUGUUUAGUUCCAACUUUGGUACCUUUUGUUUACAGUCAUCUGAUUCAACUUAUGGACACAAUUUUAUUAGGUCAUCUUUUUAAAGAAAAUAGUCAUAUAUCUGCAGGACUAGUCUUACAUUUCAAGUAUUUUUAUACAUGUAUAUGUACCUUGAAGCUUUUGAAUCAGUGACAUUUAAUCUAGAUUAAGUCAUUUAAGAAGUUAUUCUACCUCCAAGUUUCCGGAAAUAUCUACAUCAUGUCAUGUUUCAUAUUGCACGCUUCUUCUAUCUAUUUAUUAAGCUCAUCAUGAGUCAUACCAAUAAACAUCAAGUCAAGAUUUGCCUCAUAUAUAGGAGAACUGGUACCGAUUUCAUAAUUCAAUAUUAUUGUGAUAUUAUUUUCGCCUGGCUCCUUAGAUUCGUUGAUUAAUGUAUUCGUUGAUACUUCUUUGUUUAUGCUUAUUACUAUUAAAUGAAAGAUUAAGCAUAUCUUGUUAUUGUUGGAUUAUUUUCAGUGUAAAUGUACAUGUACAUCUUUGAUAGAAUUGUGUUGAGUAAGGGAUGUCACCUACAGUGUAUUUGUCAGCAAAGGAAGCCAUUGAGAAGCAGUUCCACGUUGACAUGAAUAGUUGUAUACGUCAUUUUAAUAUUCACCAGCAGACAAUUGUAUCAAAAAUUUAAAGUUGGUCACAUGUUAUCUC